CAAAGAGUGACGCACCACACGACGUCCUGCAUAAUACUUUGCUUAUUCGUAGACACUCACGACGACAACGAAUCGCCACGGAUUGACACUAAACACCGGACGUACGCUCACGUUGGCCGUAGUAAUUGAAUAGGUCAGUCUCAAAUAUCCGCACGUACUGGGAAUAAACCAGUAACAACAGUCUAACACAGACAGUCCAUAGAAUAGUAGGCCAAAUAUUAGGUAACCAUGGCUUCCAAAGUAGCCAAAUCCGCUCAUGAGGCAGCCACCUCCACCAUCUCUGGAGCUAAGGAUGGCUUCACCAGCUCGCUGGAGGGAACGCGCUCAAUCGCAUCAGACGCACUACGCGACGUUUCGCGCGUGGCCAGCGCGGUAUCCAAAGCCAGCGCCAAAGAUGCGCCGCGCAUGGUGUGCGAUGCGACCGAUACAGUACGCGAGGUCGCGUAUGAGGGUCGUAAAGCUGAUGAAACGGGAUGGACUAGUGAUAUGUGGAAGCCCCUGUGCGUGGUUACGAUACAGCUGGUGGCGAUGAACUGGUGCUGGAGUGCAGAGCACAGACAAAUGUACGACCCCUUCUCAACGAUCAGUUUGGCGUUGCCGAUUGUGAUGACGUUCGUAUAUGUGGCCGGUAUAUUAUAUCUUAAGAAUUCCUACAUGGUCAACCGCGAGCCCUUCCAACUCAAGAGUUAUAUGGUGAUGUAUAACUUGUUUCAGACAUUGUUCAAUGUGUGGUCGGUAGUGUCGUUCCUCAAAGAGGUCUUCGCCGAGAACGGGCCGACCUUUAUCUCCGGCGCAGACAAAACACCCGCUGGGUUCAACCUUGGCUUCCUUAUUUGGCUGCACUACAACAACAAGUACAUUGAAAUGCUUGACACCGUGUUCAUGGCGCUACGUAAGAAGAACAACCAGAUCACAUUCCUGCACAUGUGGCAUCACACCCUCAUCCUAUGGGCCUGGUGGGCCGUUGUUAGGUUCGAGUGCGGCGGCACCAGCUACUUUGGAGCGCUAAUGAACUCGGGCAUCCACGUGAUGAUGUAUGCGUACUAUCUCCUAGCCUUGCUGAAGGUUCGGUGUCCAUGGAAACGACACUUGACACAGGCACAGCUGACACAAUUUGUCAUCUGCUUGGCGCACGCUGUGUACGCGUUCACAUACACCACGGAAUACCCCAGAUGGCUCAUCUCGCUGCAGGUCUUUGUCAUGGUCAACAUGUUGGUCCUCUUCGCUGAUUUCUACAAGAAAGCGUACGAGAAAAAGGGAGCCGAUAACACAAAGACGGCUGCCGCAGACACCAAAACUGCAGUUAGUACUAAGGAGGAGUAAACGACCCAAAAGGUGUAUCCGGGGCCCAUAAUUUCUGGAAUGGGGCUCAGAAUUUUUGGGCUCUGUGAUCCCAGUUUGUGUGUACCUCUUUUGAUGCGAGCUGUCAGUGCAUUUCUGUUGGUCCGUGGACACCUUUUCGUUGCAUGUACGUCCAGAACUAUGAGAAUGAAUCAACGGAUUCCGGUGCGCGUAUUGCCAGAUGUGUACAAGAACGCAUGUACAAACCCUUGAGUGGCCUUUGUCAGCAAUUGCAUAGCAGACAUCGUGUGUGGGUUUUACGUUACCCUUCAGCCGCAAUGUAUUGGAAUGUCCUAGUUUUUACAAUAGGAGACCAGGCCAAUGGUAGAUGAUUUGGGACUUGUCUGUCUUGAAUAAAAUUUCGGUUCAUUUUUGACCAGUUUCGGUGUGCAUACUUUAAACACUCCUGAGGUGAUUGCGACGCAUAUUUAUAUAAUUACAUAUAUGUAUCUGUAUAUAUCUAUAUAUAUAUGUGUGUGUGUCAUAUAAAAUAUA